AUGCUUACUAAAGUACUUUCUUUGAGCGCUGUGUUGGCGGUAGCCGCGGCUGGUCUCUUGGCUGAGCCUCACUACUCCUCAGCUGCUGCGGUGUCUUCACAAAGCAUUGUUCGCCACGAUGAGUCUCAUGCUGCUGGUGCCUCCCCAGUAGCCUACCAGGCUGCUCCCAUUGCUUACCACACGGCACCAGCUGCCUACCACGCUGCACCAGUCGCCUACCACGCCGCCCCCGUCGCUCGUCAUGAUCAACAUAAUGCCGCUGUUGCAGUCGCUCCUGUUACCCACUACAGUUCUGCACCUGUAGCCCACUAUGCUGCUGCACCUGUAACCCACUAUUCUGCUGCCCCCGUAGCUCACUACGCUGCUGCCCCCGUAGCUCACUACGCUGCUGCCCCCGUAGCUCACUACGCUGCUCCAUUACACAAGAUUGUGUCCGCUCACGAAGAGGAAUACGCUCAUCCCAAAUACGACUUCUCGUACUCCGUAGCUGACGGUCACACUGGCGACAACAAGUCUCAACAUGAAAGCCGUGACGGAGAUGCCGUACAUGGCGAGUACUCUCUGCUCGAAGCGGACGGCUCAGUACGCACAGUCCACUAUACCGCAGACGCACACAACGGCUUCAACGCAGUGGUCAGCAACUCGGCACCCAACAAACAUGCCACCCCUGUUGCAGCUCAUGUUCUUGCACAUCAUUAAUAUAAAUUGAUUUAUUAAAUAAUAACUGAAUUAAUUAUUUAUG